AAAACCAUGCAAAUGCGUGCAAUUUCGCCACACCUGCAACUGAAAGCAAACCGCUCAUCGACGAUUCCUUGUUCGCGCUCCCGGCCGCUGCAAAUAUCACGUCCGCACGCUGUACGCAAAAGCAUGAGCAAUGAUUGUAGCUCUGCCGGCCUGGCCGACUGCGUUUACUACGUCGCAGCGAGCGUGGACGGGUUCAUCGCGGGACCAAACGGCAGCAUGGACUGGUUGAAGCCGUUCGAGGACGGAACUGACUAUGGAUAUGAGCAGUUCCUGCGCGGCGUGGGCACUGUGGUCAUGGGCCGCAAAACGUUCGAGGACUCGAUACGGCUGGGCGGCGGCGUGUGGCCGUACCCGGGCAAGGCCGCAGUCGUGUUUACACGCAGCCCCUCCCGGCCCCUGCAAGGCCCUUCGACUGCUGAGACGGCGCCCCUGACCCAGCCGCCUUCUGGCAACACCAGUGCUUGCUCUGGGAAGCCACCUGCACACGCCGCGGCCGCUGGUGGUGCUGAUGCUGCUGGUGGCCGGGAGCAGCAGGCAGCGGGUGCGGCGCCGCCGGCUGUUGCUGGCAGCGGAGCCGAGCCACUGCGACCAGCGCCGGGGGCGGCAGUGCAGCAGGGCGCCAGCGGCGGCGGCGCCGCCGGCAGCGCUUCUGUGCAAGCGCUGAGCCUCGCCAACGUGUGGCCCUCAUCACGCGACCCCGUGGAGGUGGUGGCGGCUUUGCGGAAGGGGUUGCCCGCCCAGCAGGCGGCGGCGGGGGCGGCGGCGGGGGCAGCGGCGGGGCCGGCGGGGGCGGGGGCCUCCGGGGGAGAGCCGGCACUGGUGGUGGCCGCUACAGGAGGGGGAGAGGCAGCAGCAGAUGCAUCAGCGUUGGCGCCGACCCUGGCCGCAAUGACGGAGCCGUGCGCAGGCCACGGGGAUGAGCCCAUCAGCAGCACAGCUAGCGGAGGGUUGGGCGUGGGCGGGGCCGAGGUUGUGGGCGGGGCCGGGGGCGGGGCCGGGGGCGCCGGUCGUCCGAGUGUGUGGGUGGUGGGAGGCGGCGGCUUGGCAUGGCAGCUCGUGCGCGGCGGCUGUAUGACACGGCUGGUGAUGUCGGUGAUACCGGUGGUGCUUGGAGGAGGAAUCCCGCUCUUCGGGGGCGGGAUGGGUGCUGCCACUGCUGCUGGCUGCAGCAGCGGCAGCGGCGGUGACGACGGGGCCCUCAGCGGCGACGGGGCGCUGCCGCUGCAGCUCGUGAGCAGCCGGGCAAUGCCCAACGGAGUGGUCAUGAACGAGUACAGGGUGCACAUGUGACAUAAUGCGAUGCGGUGUAGCGACCAGGUGGGACAGAUAUGACAGGUAGACACAUGGAGUGGCACUGCCCUGUGCACAUGUGUUGGGACGGCACAGAUCGCCGUGCGUAAAUUUCUUACUGAUGUGGGCAUGUGCGUGGGGCGAAUGGUGGGUCCGUGGAUGUUUGGGAGCGUGUGAGUUGGCAUGGGGUUUUCAAUUGUGGAUGGCGCGCCGUGGUACGAUGCGUUGCAGAAGGAUGGAGGCUGUGCGAGUGGUGCUUGCAGCCGUCUCUCUCCCUAAGAUCCUGGGCGUGUGGUCUGUGACCAAUCGACGGUAUGCCGAGAGGCCCGUCCAGCGGGCGUUGAACACUCAUUCUUUCACUGCACGCACGAGUGUAAGCAUCAUUGGCC